GGCGGAGCUGGUACCGGACAAGCGGCACCAGUUUCCAUGGAGCCCGUAGGGCUGUGCGGCUUCUGCCCGGCCGGGGAAGCGCAUCCAGCGCGUUACACCUGCCCGCGCUGCAACGCUCCCUACUGCUCGCUGCGCUGCUACCGGGCGCACGGCGCCUGCGCCGAAGACUUUUACCGAGACCAAGUGCUGCGAGAGCUCCGUGGCCGAAGCGCUUCGCCCAGCCGUCUGGCGGGCGCAUUACGCCGGCUGCGUGAACAACGCGAGGCCGAGGAUGAGCCCGAAGAAGCAGGCCUCCGGCCGGGCAAAAGACCGGGCGGUCAUUCUGGACUUUGGGACCGUUUAGCGCCGUCUGAGAAGGCGGCAUUCGAGCGGCUGCUCAGUCGUGGCGAAGCCGGACGCCUUCUGCCUCCGUGGCGGCCCUGGUGGUGGGGCCGCGGCACCGGCCCACGUUUUCUAGAGGAGCUAGAUCAUGCGGGGAACAGUGACCUUGCAAACCCAGAACCCGCCCCUGCGAGGACCGCGCUGGAGUCCGUGGACGAUGCCGCCGCUGCUGAGCCACUUGCUGAAGACUCCAGUGUCUUCAGACCGCCCGCAUUCCCUGCCCGCAUCCCUGCACUGGCCAGUCUGAGCUGCAGCCCGCCAUCGCCACUGGUGCGCUUCCAGCUGCCCAAUGUGCUAUUCGCCUACGCUCAUACUCUCGCCCUGUAUCAUGGAGGGGACGACGACGUGCUACUCUCUGACUUCUGUGCCACUCUGCUCGAUGUUUCUGGGGCCCUGGGAGCCCAGCAAGUUUUUGACUCUACAGAGGAAGCCCUGCAGGCCGCAGCCCACGUUCUGGAAGCGGGCGAGCACCCACCUGGACCCCUGGGUACGCGGGGUGCUAUGCAAGAAGUUGCCCGCAUCCUGCUGGGCGAGGGUCCUGUCAAUCAGAAAGGCUAUACGCUGACAGCACUGGGGCACCUGGCUCAGACCCUGGGACGAGCCAGGAAACAGGCUGUUGAUGAAGAGCGAGAUCGUCUUUACCGGGCUCGGAAGAAGUGCCAGUUCCUGCUGGCUUGGACCAACGAAAAUGAGGCUGCCCUCACACCCCUGGCUCUAGACUGUGCCAGAGCCCACCGAGCCCAUGCUGUGACAGCUGAGGAGAUGGCAACCCUUACUGGGGAGCUAGAACGGCUUUGGGGAGGCCCAGUACCACCCUCUCCAAGGACUCUCAUUGAGGAGCUCCCUGGCUGAGCUGGGUAUCCAUGUCAUUAAUAAAGAUGUGUCUGGUCUGCCC